UGUGAAGACAUUUACAUGGAAAACUCAGAGACCGCUUUACAACUUUUAUUUUGAAGAAAAAUAAGUUAGACUUCCAGCAGUGGCCAAGACACAGCCGAGUGCCCCUAUGUUUAAGGAGAGGAGCAGGACCUAUUCUCAGGGCUGCAGCAUGAGAAAUUGCUGAACAAUUUUUUUUUUUUUUUUAUGCAAGCUUCAAAUGCUGUUGGCUGGGUUUCAUUUUCCCUUGCAGACUUUAGUAGUCUGUGAGUGUGGCCCUUCUUUCUCAGUCAACUUUUAAACAUAUGCUUUUGUACAGUUUGCUCUGUUAAGUUGUCUGCAGACUUAUUUGGCCUCAAUGGAUUUUUUUCGCUCAGCACUUAAAGAGGGAGAACUUCCCAGCGCACACAACAUACUUUCUGUACAGCCUGCAGCAUAAUAGCUGAAGGUCAAUAUUCUUAUUUUUCCCUGGAGUUUUUUUUUUUAUUAUUUUCUUCGUUUUUCGUGGCUUAUUUUUUGGAAAACUAUAUCCUGCAUUCCCUCUGAUUUAAAUGGGUGACUGCAUUACAAUUAAGAAAAAGCACCUUCAAAAACCAAUAUUUAGAUUGAGAUGUUUGGUGAAGCAGCUUGAGAAGGGUGAUAUUAAUGUGUCUGACCUGAAGAAUAAUAUUGAGUAUGCAGCCUCAGUAUUGGAAGCAGUUUACAUUGAUGAAACCAGGCGUCUCCUGGAUACGGAGGAUGAGCUCUCUGAUAUCCACACAGACUCUGUCCCACUGGAGGUACGGGACUGGUUGGCUUCCACCUUCACACGGAAGAUGGGAAUGAGGAGGAGGCGGCCGGAAGAGAAACCAAAGUUCCGGAGUAUUGUCCAUGCAGUUCAAGCGGGAAUAUUUGUUGAAAGGAUGUACAGACGAUCUUCCAAUAUGGCUGGGCUCACCUACCCAUCAUCAGUGAUAACAUGCUUAAAGGAUGUCGAUCGGUGGUCUUUUAAUGUGUUUUCUUUGAAUGAGGCUAGUGGAGAACAUGCACUUAAAUUCAUGGUCUAUGAACUGUUUACCAGAUAUGACCUUAUCAAUCGUUUUAAGAUCCCUGUUGCCUGUCUUGUAUCAUUUGUGGAAGCUUUGGAAGUUGGCUACAGCAAGUACAAAAAUCCAUACCACAAUCUGAUUCAUGCCGCUGACGUUACCCAAACUGUGCACUAUAUAAUGCUUCACACAGGUAUCAUGCACUGGCUCACAGAACUGGAAAUAUUGGCAAUGAUCUUAGCUGCUGCUAUCCAUGACUAUGAGCACACCGGGACCACAAACAACUUCCACAUACAGACAAGGUCUGAUGCUGCAAUACUGUACAAUGACCGUUCAGUCCUAGAAAAUCACCAUGUAAGUGCUUCCUAUCGUAUUAUGCAAGAGGAUGACAUGAAUAUUCUGGUAAAUGUAUCCAAAGAUGACUGGAGAGACUUACGAACACUGGUGAUUGAGAUGGUUUUAUCUACGGAUAUGUCGGGUCAUUUCCAACAGAUAAAAACUAUGAGGAAUACAUUACAACAGCCAGAAGGAAUAGACAAAUCGAAAGCCAUGUCCUUGAUACUUCACGCAGCUGAUAUCAGUCAUCCCGCAAAAGGAUGGGACUUGCAUCAGCGAUGGACAGACUUACUGAUGGAGGAAUUUUUCCGACAGGGUGACAAAGAGGCUGAAUUAGGGCUUCCAUUCUCACCACUCUGUGACCGAAAAUCUACACUGGUAGCACAAUCACAAAUAGGUUUUAUAGACUUCAUAGUGGAGCCAACAUUCACACUUCUAAUGGACUCAACAGAGAAAAUUGUUAUUCCUCUUAUAGAGGAUGCUACAAAAUCUGAUCAUUCAGUCUACAAUAAAUCCAGCCUAAAUCAUUCUGAAGUUGGGCGCGGUGCUGAUAUACAGAAGAGACCCACUGUGCGGACGUCACAAACAGACGGAGGGUCAACAUUGGAUUACUCUUUGGCAACUGUGGACUUGCAAACUUUCAAAAAGGAUUUGGUUGAAAUCAUUCAGCAAAAUAAAGAAAGAUGGAAAGAGCUGGCAGUACAAGAGAGAAAUUUGAAGUCUAUUAACAACAAUGAAGAAAGUUGUAGAAAAAUCUGAAUUGUCACAUUAUGUGGACUAUGAAGAAGCGCAAUCAUCGAUGGUGACCAGAGGAAAGACGGAAGUGGUAGAUCUUGGAUGACGUUUAAUAUUGCACAGUAGAAGACAGGACAAAGACUUUAUAUAUCUUUUAUGGAUGACGCGACGACUUUGACACUGGAGAAAUAAACUCUUGUAUACAUUGAUCUUCAGAUCUUAGUUUUCCAGCAAUGACUAGGCAUCUAGUAGGAGAGGACACGAAACCAGACACGGUACAUGCAGUGAAAUAUUUGUAGUAGUUUUAUUAUUUAUGAAUAGAUCACAUAUACACGAGAAGAGCAUGUAAAUAUCGAGAGCAUGUAAAUAGAUUGUUGACCUAUGCACUUACUUCUUUUGUUACUUUCCAAAAACUUUGACACUAGGAAAGUUAUUUGUUUCUCUCCGUUGUUCCCUUGUGGGCUUCAUCUUUCACUUUUUCAGACUGUUAAUAAAAAUUUUUUGUUCAUUU